CGAGACGGUUCUCUACGCCUGCCCCAUCUGUCAGCGAUGAAUAUGCCAAAAUAGAGACGCUUUUUACAGCAAUUUCACCGGCUCUCCGGCCCCCUGGUCUACAUUUUCACCGAGCAGUGGAAUCAGUUGUCACCGGUGCGCCGGGAAGGAGAUAAAUUGCCGUGAAAAUGGUGGUUUUUAACGGUACUAUUCGGAUGCGAGUGUGCGAGGCCGUGGACUUAAAACCGACCGAUUUCUCCACCCGGCACAGCGUAUCAUCGAAAGACUCGAAGAAGGGAGUUACAGUGAUAGACCCGUACAUUAUCAUCACUGUCGACGACCAACAUAUCGGGAGGACCACGACCAAGCAAAAGACGGUCAAACCUUCAUGGAAUGAAGACUUUGAUUCCAAGGUGCAGAAUGGCGAGAGUGUUUUACUAACUGUGUACCACAAUUCCAUUAUUCCACCAGAUGAUUUCGUGGCCAACUGCACAGUUCCCAUCGAGGAUCUGUUGCAAAAUGGAGUCAAUAAGAAUGGGGCGAGCAUCUCUGAUAUCUGGAUUGACCUUGAACCCUCUGGGAAGGUCCAUGUAGUCAUUGAACUGAAAGGAUCUUCUGAAGAUCCUCCCAAAGAAAAAGUUUUCAAAGUCCGGGAAAAUGCAAUACGUAAGAGAAGAGGAGCAGUGCGAAGGAGGGUUCACCAAAUCAACGGGCACAAGUUUAUGGCCACGUUUUUGCGACAGCCAACAUACUGUUCACACUGCAAGGAUUUUAUCUGGGGUUUUUACAUGCAAGGGUAUCAGUGUCAAGUGUGUACGGUAGUGGUCCACAAAAGAUGUCAUGAGCUUGUAGUAACGAGGUGUCCAGGACACAAAGAUGAUAUCAAAGAGUCGCAGUCGCUGUCACAGCGGUUUAAUAUCAACUUGCCACAUCGAUUCAGUGUUCAUAGUUUCAAGAAGCCAACAUUCUGCGAUCACUGUGGGUCACUACUAUAUGGUUUACUACGGCAAGGGCUUCAAUGUGAAGCCUGUAAGAUGAACAUUCACAGGAGAUGCGAUCGAAAUGUAGCGCCAAAUUGCGGCAUCAAUCCCAAGAGAAUGGCAGAAGUCCUUUCCGAGAUGGGUGUGACGGGUGAUAAAUUAUCAAUACGCAGGAAAAAGGCCUCCAUCUCAGAAUAUCCCAAAUUGGGUUCUUUGGACGCCUGUGCCUCAUCCUCUCGCCCCUCAUCCCGGCCCACGUCGCCCAGGUCCGCUCCCGCUGAGCUGGCAGGUAUCACCAAAAUUCAUGACCUCGCCGAAGCGACAGCCAAGCUGUCGAUGGAGAUGGAUGAUGGGAAACUAGGCGUUGGACACCUAGGGUCGUCGGUGUUAAGAACGCCCUCGCUCAAGGAAGAGCUGGAGCGGAUACCCAAGAGAAAGUUUAACCUUGAAGAUUUCAACUUCAUCAAAGUUCUAGGGAAGGGAAGCUUUGGCAAAGUGAUGUUGGCAGAGCGUAAGAACACAGAGGAAGUCUACGCCGUGAAAGUACUGAAGAAGCACGCCAUUAUACAGGACGAUGAUGUGGAGUGUACUAUGACAGAGAAAAGAGUACUUGUACUAGCUAACAGACAUCCUUUCCUAACCUCGCUACACUCCUGCUUCCAAACGGUGGAUCGGCUGUACUUUGUUAUGGAGUAUGUCAAUGGUGGAGAUCUGAUGUUCCAAAUACAGAGAGCGAGGAAAUUUAAUGAGCCCAGGGCAAAAUUCUACGCAGCUGAAGUAAUUCUUGCACUACAAUUCCUUCACCGGCACGGUGUUAUAUAUAGAGAUUUAAAAUUAGACAACAUCUUGUUAGACAUGGAGGGUCACUGCAAACUGGCUGAUUUUGGUAUGUGUAAAGAAGGGAUCAUGAAUGGUCGAACGACGGCAACGUUUUGUGGUACCCCAGAUUACAUUGCUCCAGAGAUUCUCCAUGAGUUAGACUACGGACCGUCAGUAGACUGGUGGGCCCUCGGUGUUCUUAUGUAUGAAAUGAUGGCCGGUCAACCCCCAUUUGAGGCAGACAAUGAAGACGAUCUCUUUGACUCUAUUCUACACGAUGACGUUUUGUAUCCAGUCUGGCUAAGCAAGGAGGCAACAGCCAUUCUGAAAGCGUUCAUGGAGAAGAAUCCGGCCAAGAGGCUAGGGUGUGUUGAGAGCCAGGGAGGGGAGAAUGCCAUCAGACAGCAUGCUUUCUUUGGCUGUAUCUCAUGGGACAAACUAGAAGAGCUGAAAGUAGAACCUCCAUUUAAACCCAAGAUUAAAACGAAAAAGGACGUUAACAACUUUGAUGCCGAUUUUACACGUGAGGAGCCCAAGCUGACACCCAUCACGGCUAACAUUGUCAAAUCCAUAAACCAGAACGAAUUCACCGGCUUCUCGUACACACGGCCAGACUUAGACAAACCCCAAACAAUGACAGACAUCGAUUAAAGAAACCAAAAAGUCAAUCCAAGUUCAAACUUAGGGAUCAGCUCGGAAAAUUGUCAUGAGAGGGUCUUUUGAAGAGGUUGGCGAGAAGGUAGGAGAGGGAGAAAGCCUUGAUAUGAGAAGAUCGUUUGAACUCCACUAGGCAGUGCCGCCGACAUCUUAGGGAGAGUCUUGGAGUGCUGCUCACUGUGGGGGAGUCCGACCAUCGACUUUUCAUGGAUAAAACCACACAUGUUGAAAGAGCAACGGCUUGUUGGAGUCAGAGGCAGUAGGUUCGCUGGCUGGAGGACCCAGCCAUUGGCCAGGUAGUGUCUGUAGUCAACUGCAAAACAUGUACACUGUGCGAAACUUGGCAGCACUUGCUGGUUGGAGGUUAGUAUGACUGGGAGUCUUGAAUUUGCUGGAAGGUCAGUGGGGGGUGGAAAGAUGGCGUGAGAACUUUGAUUUACUUGAGAGCACUGUGUGUGGCAUUUUAUGUCCACAUAUCAACUCUUAAUUUAGUCCUUUUUUAUAAGAAAAAAAAACUUGAUGUUAAAUUUGCCACACAAUGUCAACAUUAAGGGUACAGGCCCCCGAUUUAUCCGUAAAAAAAAAAAGUGACUAUUUGGGUUUUUUUCAAUUUUUUCGGUAUAAUGUCGCUCACUAAAAACACUCAGUUCAAAUGAUAUCAAAAUUGCUUCGCAAGACAAACUGUUAGCAAGCUUUGUGCACACCAUGUUUCACAACACUUGUAUGUCUGGUUUCAAAAACUGUCUAUAGUAUAAAAGAAAAUCUAUAAGAGUCUAUAAAAAA